AUGCGUAAAUAUAAGCCGUAUAAUAUAUCUGCAGGCGAUGCAAGAACGACCGUACAUCAGAUUAUAAUUCCCAUGUUCCUUUGUACAGACGUUUUAAAUAUUGCACAUGACAUUAGUGGUCAUUUGGAAGUCAAGAAGACUUAUUACAAGAUUUUAGCUCACUUUUAUUGGCCGGAAAUGAAAAGAGAUUUUAGUCGUUAUUGCCGGUCGUGCCAUCUCUGCCAAGAAAAAGGUAAGGCGGGAGCUGGCAUCAAACCAUACCCCUUGCAACCUCUCCCAGUGUCAAGAGAGCCCUUCAGUAAAGUAGUCAUUGACUGUGUGGGUCUCCCUGCCGUAGUACAGUCAGAUCAAGGCAUUUCACGUCCAGACUGUGUGCAAAAGUCCUUCGGGUUUACAGCAGUGCAGGUCCAGUGUACAUCAUCCUCAGAGUCAAGGGUCGUUGAAAGGCUACACUGUACUGCAGAGACAAUGAAAUUGGAUCUCCUCCAGGGUACUCCCAAGGCCCGUGGACCCAGAGGGCGAGGCCGAUUUCUGUGUAGUGAGCUGACGCCUCACCUUCCUACUUGCCGCUCUCGCCCCUGUGUCAGGCUUCGUAACAGAAUUCUUACUAGUCCCCCCCCGACUAUCCCUGGCGCCUGUCCGUGA